AUGACCCUUUUUGCCAACAACCAUACAAGUGAAAUUGAAUUUGCUGAUCGUGAAGGUGGAGAAGAGUUAGCACGUUUGCAUGCAGAUCUAGCUCUCCCUAUGGACAAAAACACUGCAAUGUUGCAGGUGCAUUCAGAUCAAAAGUGUAGCACUAACAAGAGGUACAUGACCCUUUUGGUGAUUAACUAUGUGUGUCUCUUUGUGGGCUCUCUUUCUUCUAGUUUGCUCUCUAAGUAUUAUUUCAUCCACAAAGGCUCAAGCAUUUGGGUUUCAACUUGGGUUCAAACCGCAGGCUUUCCUCUAUUGGUGAUUCCAAUUUGUGUCCCUUAUCUCCUUAAACUCACAAAGAGGGUGCCUUUCACUGAUUUCACCCCAAGAAUGUUAAUUGUCUCAAUUUCAAUUGGUGUUAUGUUAGGAUUCAACAACCUGUUCUUCUCAUGGGGGAAUUCAUAUCUUCCCAUUUCAACCUCGGCCCUUUUGCUAUCAUCCCAACUUGUUUUCAACCUUCUCUUCUCUGUUAUCAUUGUGAAGCAAAAACUAACCUUUUCAAACGUUAACUGUGUGAUCCUUCUCACCUUGAGCUCCAUCCUCCUAGGCUUGGACUCUAGCCACGAGAGACUAAAAGGGCUCACACAAAGGAACUACUUCAUCGGAUUCUUCUGCACCAUAGCAGCAGGGUUGCUGUUUGCAUUGUACAUGCCUCUGAUGGAGAAGAUCUACAAGAGGGUGCAUUGCUACGAAAUGGUGAUGGAAAUGCAGCUUGUGAUGGAGUUUGCAGCUACAACAUUGGCCACAAUUGGCAUGGCAUGGAAGGGUGGAUUUGCUAAGAUGAAGGCAGAAAGUGAAAUGGUUUUUGACAAGGGAUGCAUAAUUUAUUGGGUAACAGUGAUGGGAAAUGUGGUGACUUGGCAGCUAUGUUUCAUGGGAACUGCAGGAAUGGUGUUCUUGACAUCUUCCUUGACAGGGGGGAUUUGCAUGACAGCAUUGUUGUCCAUGAAUGUCUUAGGAGGGGUUGUGGUGUUCAAAGAUGCAUUUGGUGGUUUCAAAGCUGUGUCCACUACUCUCUGCAUUUGGGGGUUCCUCUCCUACGUUUAUGGCAUCUACAAAUUCAAUCAAAUGGGGGAACGCAACCCUCCAUCCAGGAACAAAAACAGCAGUGAGUCAUCCACAGAUAUGGUCAACAAUGUGACUUAA